GUUUAUAUCAAUGACAUCAUCUCUAUGUGUUCGGGUGACUGUUCUUAUCAAUGGGAUCCACUGGAGACUCCGGUUAUAUCUGGAAUAAGCCCCACACAAGGAUUUUCAGUAUCAGAUACCAUUCUGACGGUGACAGGUUCCAAGUUUAUGAGUCAAUCGGCCAAUAACAUGACUUCUGUUUCUGUUGGUGGCCGUGCCUGUGUCAUCGUCACCAUAAAUGACACUCAGAUCACCUGCAGAAUUGGAAAUACAACGUCUGGCUCGGCUCCGGUCACAGUCUACGUGCCGGGUGUUGGCUUUGCUCAAAAUACAUUCAACUUCACCAUCCUACCUGGAGGAUCAUUCACAUUUGCACCUCCAUCCGGCAGCACAGCAGGUGGGACUGUGCUCAUGAUAUCAGGCUAUGGAUUCAGUGAAAACUCCGUCGUCAGCAUCAAUAAUAAGCUUUGCCCCGUCUUGAGUGUAAACCUGAACAGCCUCCAGUGCACGACUCCUGCGGACACUGCUGGCUCCUAUAAUGUGACUGUGACAGUGGAGGGAGUGGACAUCACCCUCGGUCCUUUCUUCACAUACGAUACGGCAGUGACACCCGCCAUCACACAAAUACGUCCAGCCAGCACUUUUGCGACAGAAAGUGCCAAUCUCACAAUUUCAGGAAGCAAUUUCCAGACCUGGGACCCCCAAAGCUCGGUGUCAAUCGACAAUGCAGGGUGCAGCAUUAUGAAAUGGACAGAUUCUGAAAUUAUUUGCGUACUACCAGUCCUCCCACCAGGGCUGCAUAAUAUCCAAGUAAAAGUCAAAAACUGGGGAUUUGCCAGCGCCAGUGCUGAUGUCACAACUACCAUUGAGUACGUCCUACAAGUCACCAGCGUACAGCCCCUUAUGGGCUCCCUCUAUGGCGGCACCAAGCUGACUCUCACUGGGUCAGGGUUUGGCACAAAUCCUGAUGACAUCCAAGUUUUAUUAGGACAACAGGGAUGCAACGUCACCGAUGUGGCCCAGGAUCGACUGGAGUGUGUGGUGCAGGCACCCGGAAAAGUGUACACCGUGACCAACCUGGGCACAGAUAUAGUCAGAGGCGUCGGCUACGCUUGGGCUCCAUCGUCUUUGGAAGUCUUUGUUGGAGACACGGUUCAAUGGCAGUGGCAGGCUCAGUCCCUCACUGGUGGAAUUGGCUACAGAGUUUUCAGCGUCUCCAAUCCUGGUGACACCACCUUUAGCGGCCAAGGAUUUAACAGUGGGCCGAGCAGGACUCCAUCAGGAUUUUUCUCGUAUGAGUUUACUGUCCCUGGCGUAUAUUACUACAGCAGUGGCUAUAUAGAUAACGCUCAAACAAUAGCCAUGCAAGGAGUGGUCACCGUUAAUCCCCUACCAGAUGACCAGGAAAAUAUUUUCAUCUCAGUCCUUGAAAUAGAAGCAAACUACCAACCAAGUUCCUCUCCUUUUCCAAUGGAUGUCAAUAAUUGUACUGCUGAGCCCCUGAACUGCAGUCUGCCUUCCUUUUCCAAUUCAAGUGCGGACGCCUUCAUAUUCCAGUUUUCCAGCUGUGAGUCUCCGACAGUAACUGCCAUCAGGCCCUCCAACGGAACGAUCCACGAUGUGUUAAAUAUUAAGGGAACGGGAUUCAGCAGCUCCGCCUGUGCCAAUGAAGUCACUGUUGGAGGUCACCCAUGUGAGGUCAUCAACAGCACAUUCACAGAAAUCAACUGUUAUGUCAAUCCAGAAGACAUUCUUCCAGUGGGUUUUGCAGAACUUGUGUCCGUGACUGUGAAUAACCGGGGCAAUGCCAUCAGCACAAUCGUCAAUGAGUUUGAUCGUCGAUUCGUUUUGUUACCAACUGUCGAUUCAAUCAGCCCCAGUGCGGGGUCUACCACAGGAAACACAAGGGUGACGAUACUCGGGUCCGGGUUUUCAGGCUCUGUGAUCGUCACUGUGGUUGGCAUGCCCUGCUCCAUUGUGUCAUUCAGCUACACAAGUAUCAUCUGUGAUACGGCGCCCUCUGCUGAAAGUGCAGGGAAUGUUCAGCUAUCAGUGAAUGGCAUCCCUGCUGCCUGUUAUUCGGACUGCAAGUUCCAUUACACAGAUUCCUCCCUUCCUCAGGUAGACAGCGUCUCACCAGACACAGUAGACAGCAGCUCUGCAGUCCUUUCUAUUAAUGGAACAGGCUUUGGGAGCGACCCAGACGAUGUGCUCAUUUUAAUUGGAGACUUCACUUUUCAUCCAAGUCAGGUCACAGAAACAGAAAUCACCUGCCCCAUUGGGCCACUGCCAGCUGGAAGUUACAUUUUAAACGUUGUGGUGAUGAGCAAAGGCCUAGCCGCUGGAAACAUCGCCAUAUUCAGCCUUGCGACUGCUACGCUGUCACCGAAUUCUGGAAGUAUCCUCGGUGGGACGACACUCCUCAUUACUGGGAAUGGGUUUUACCCUAACUACACCACAGUGACUGUAGGGGGCAUCCUCUGUGCCAUCACUAAUAUAACAACAAGUGAAGUGAAAUGUACAACCGCAGCCAACAACCAAGGAAACGCAAAUGUGAAUAUCCAAGUCCUGUCAACCGUCUACCCGCCGUUAUACUUCAUGUACUCUAUGGACAGCACUCCGGUAAUCAGCUCAGUGGACCCAUCAACAGGAUCAAGUGGAACGAACAUUUCCAUUUCUGGCUCUGGGUUUGGCUCAGUGGCAGAUGACAUUGUAGUGACCAUCGGUGGCACUCCAUGUGCUCUUCUGGAAGUCAAUGACACUGAAGUCCAAUGCACUUUGGGCAGCCAUUCGGGAGGCACCUUUGCAAUCACACUUUUCCAUGUGAUAAAGGGAUAUGCCAUGUCAAGCAUUUCCUUCACCUAUAAACUCGACCUGAAAUCCGUCUCCCCAAGUCAAGGAAGCUUUGGAGGCGGAGCCAUUCUGCAGUUGUCAGGUGAUGGAUUUGACAAACAGCUGUCGGCCGUCUUUGUGUGUAAUACUUCGUGCGUCGUGGAUUCACUCAGGUCUUCGUCCACCACUCUGUACUGUGAGGUGCCACUUUCUAAUGGCACAGGAUCGAGCCAGGGCUGUGACGUGACAGUUUACAAUGGCAAUAAUUUGGUGAUGUUGUCAAAUGCCUUCACUUAUGAGUCAUCGCUGACCCCUGUGGUUACCGCCGUGACUCCAAGAAGAGGUGGCACUGGAGGUGGCACAAAGCUCACCAUCACCGGCUCUGGAUUUGGUUCCGACAUUGAUAACGUCGUGGUCACUAUCGCCAAAACACCAUGUAAUGUAACAUUCAUAAAUGAAACUGAGAUCAUCUGCAUCACCGAUGGCCAACCACAGUCUCAGAGAACCAAAGUUAAGGUGAACGUUGGCGGCAAUGGAAUCGCAAAACUGGACAACGCUGAUUUCUUUUACAUUGAUGUCUGGUCCUCUCCAUACACAUGGGGUGGUGAAUCCCCACCGGACGACGGAUCUUUUGCUGUCAUCACACCAGGGCAGACCAUCUUACUGGACACCAGCACAGCCGUCCUAACAAUGCUUCUCAUUCAAGGUGGAACUCUGGUGUUUGAUGAGGUAGACCUCGAGCUGAAUGCAGAAAAUAUCCUAAUUGUGGAUGGAGGCACACUGCAGGUUGGAACUGAACAAGCGCCGUUUCAGCACAAGGCGAUCAUCACCCUGUAUGGCCAUCCCCUCUCUCCCGAACUCCCACUCUACGGGGCCAAGACGCUGGCUGUCAGAGAAGGGACGCUGGACCUCCAUGGUACACCCGUUCCAUUCACUUGGACCCGACUGGCUGAAACCGCUGAGGCCGGCUCGACCACCGUGCAGCUCCAGAAUCCUGUAACAUGGAAAGCUGGUGAUGAAAUUGUCAUUGCAUCCACCGGCGACAGGCUGAGCCAGAAUGAAAACGAGCUGAUGGUAAUUGAGUCCAUAUCCUCAGAUGGAACAACGGUGAAUCUGACCAACCCCCUCAUGUAUACACAUUUAGGAGUUUCUGUCAGAACACAAGACGGACAACAAUUUGAAGCGAGAGCAGAAGUUGGACUUUUAACUCGUAACAUUGUCAUCCAAGGCUCAGAAAAUGUCGAGUGGGAAGACACCAUACCACCUUGUCCUGAUGGAUUUGAUCCUGGAGAAUUUGCUGUGCAGACCUGUUUUCAGGGAAAAUAUGGUGAACAAAUUGGCAGUGACCAGUUUGGUGGGUGCAUCAUGUUCAGCACACCUCAGCCUAAUCAGAACUCUGCCAUUGGCCGAAUUGAAUAUGUGGAAGUAUAUCACGCUGGACAAGCCUACAGACUUGGGCGUUACCCUAUAAACUGGCACCUCAUGGGAGACCUUAAAUUCACCUCUUAUGUCAGAGGCUGCAGCAUUCACCAGACGUACAACAGAGCAGUCGCUAUGUACCAGACCUCUAAUCUCUUAGUUGAGAGAAACGUCAUCUACGACAUCAUGGGAGGCGCGCUUAUCUUUGAAGAAGGCAGCGAGACAGGAAAUGUCCUUCAGUACAACCUGGCAGUGUUUGUGAUGCAGAGUACCAGUCUCUUGAACGACGAUAUCACACCAGCUGCCUUCUGGAUAAGCAAUCCCAACAACACAAUUCGGCACAACGCAGUAGCUGGAGGAAGUCAUAUUGGCUUCUGGUAUCGACUUCAAGACAGCGUCAGUGGAGAACUGCAUGACGCUAACAUUUGUGAGAAAAAUGAGAUACUAGGACAGUUUUAUAACAACUCUGUUCACUCUCAAGGCUGGUAUGGAUUGUGGAUUUUUGAACAAUAUUACCCAAUGCAACAAGGGUACUGCUACUGGAAUAAUCCCCAGCCGGCUGUUUUUGACUCUCUGACGACUUGGAAUUGUCUGAAAGGAGCCGAGUGGCUCAACGCCGGAGCACUGCAGUUCAAGAAUUUCCUGAUGGUGAAUAACGAACUUGCUGGAAUUGAAACGAAACGACUUCAAACUAGCUAUGUUACUGGCUGGGGUGAAGCGGGUGGUGCCAUGAUCAUGAAUUCCACUGUGAUUGGUCACUUGGAUGAACUCGGCCUUCUGCCCGGCAACUGCACUCAGAGGGGAAUUGUACUUCCAUUAGAUGACGGACUGACUGUCGCAGGAAUUAAAUUUAUCAACUUUGACCGCCCAAGCUGUGCUGCCAUUGGCAUAUCAGCGAUUGAUUCAAGUUGUGGGUACAACAGUUGUGGAGGCUGGAGAGUUAAAUUUAGUGGAGUUCAGUAUUUUAAUGCCACCAACAAGGCCGGCUUCACAAAGGAGCAUGAAGCAGCUCUGAUUGACACUGACGGGUCUCUUACAGGACAUGCUAAUAACACGGUGAUACCUUACAGCGCCCUGCUAGACCCUUCUCACUGUCGACUUCGAGUGCCGGAGUGGAGCACGGGCUACACUGGCUCAAUCUGUGACUCCACUGUCUCUUUCCAUCACUUGACCAUUUCGCCAUAUUGGUAUUUAUCAAUGCCUGUGCUCCUGUCCGACUCCUUUGGUACCAGUAUUGUUUCUGGCUUGGCGCUCAUUCCUGAUGGGCAGACCUUUAACUGGACAUUUCAGAAUUUCCCAAUUUUAGGACCCACCAACAUCUGGUUGUAUUGGGCGAACUUCUACGGAUUUAAGAAUUCCAGUUUUGUCAUCAUCAGACACCAAUGUGCCCAGAAUUAUGAAGGCUAUAACAUCGUCGAUACCAGGAAGGGACUGACACAGCCUUUGAACCAGAGCAGUAUGAAUGGAGACUGGUACUUUGACACCAAUACAUCCACCGUGGACUACAUAAUUUCAGGAAAUACAAACCCAGGGAACUGGUAUAGCUCAAGUCUGGAUCCUUCAGAAGAGAACAUAAAUGUACUCUUCAGGAUUAAUCAAUGCUACUUCAUAAGUUGUAAUGGAGGAGGAGGAGGAGGAGGAGGAGGAGGAGGAGUGAUUCCUGUAACAGCCCCACCACCAAGAACGAGUGGAAUUACCCUUUGGUCCAACACUACUUUCUGGUUGAAUUCAGCAGAAAACAAUUACGCCGUCCCAGUAACUGGUUCCAGUGUGGUGAUUCCAAGAGGAUGGUUGGUGGUAAUCGACAUUGACAUCCCCACGCUAAGCAAACUGAGUGUCUAUGGCACACUGGAAGUGCCAACCAACAUAUCGAAAUACGCAUUGUGGGCUACAAAUGAAACGCUGCCAACAGAUAACAACAGGACUGUCAUCAUCAGGACCACCUACCUGUAUAUUCAGGGUGGUACGUUGCUUGUGGGUCAACCAGAUGAACCCUUUCCAGGUAAACUUCAGAUCAUUUUUACCGGGAACAAGCUGACACCAGACUGGCAUUUGCCAGAAGGCUUUUACCUUGGAGCAAAGGUUCUGGGGGUUUUCGGAACCCUAGAUCUCCAUGGCAAGCCUCACUCCAUAUACCGGACAAAACUUGCAAUGACAGCGAAUGCUGGAUCCACAUCGAUUUCUCUCGCAGACGCUGUCGACUGGCAGGUUGGAGAUGACAUUCUGAUUACCACAACCAGCUAUGACCCCUGGCAGGCUGAAACAAGGCAGAUCGUCGCCAUUUCCAUGGAUAUGAAGACCCUGAUCCUUAACAAUUCGCUCUCCUAUGCACACAUUGCUGAAACCUACUAUAUCAAUGAAACAAAUCAGCAGUAUACUCUGGCAGCAGAUGUGGGACUUCUCAGUCGAAACAUCAAGAUCAUUAGUGAAGAUUACACAGGCUGGUACCAGGAGUCGUAUGGGGCCAGAGUGCUUGUGAACUUAGGAGCCGCAAGACUCAGCAAUGUUGAGUUCUAUCACACGGGACAGAAUGGCUACGUAUCCAGCAGUGACCCCCGAUUUUCAGUGGUCUUCAUGAACAUGGGGGAGAUUUCUGAAAAUGAUACGUCUUACAUCCAAGGCUGCUCUUUCCACCAAGGUUUUUCACCAGCUAUUGGCAUCUUUGGAACCAACAAACUGAGUGUAGAUGACAACGUCAUUUAUUUCACUGUCGGCCAAGGUAAUGAAGUAUCAGUUAUUGGUAGCACAAUUCGGAGAAACCUUGUGGCUUUGACUGUGUGGCCGGGAUCAUACCAGGGAAAACAGCCAACAUCUUACACCCUGUGGCAUGCAGCCAUUGAGAUUAACCAGGGAGCCGACACUGUGCUGCAGGACAACAUUGUGAGCGGUUUUGAGAGAAUCGGAUAUCGCAUUAAUGGAGAGCCGUGUCCAGGCACGUUCAAUCCAGCUGAGACCUGGAGUAACAAUGAGGCCCACGGAGGCCUGUAUGGGGUCUACUUGAAUGGAGACGGCCUGCCAGAUUGCACCUUCAUCCAGGGAUUUACUGUCUGGAAAUGCUGGGAUUAUGGAAUUUAUUUCCAGACAUCCAUGAGUGUGCAGAUUUCCAACGUAACGUUAGCGGACAAUGGAAUGGGCAUCAUGCCUAUGAGUUACACUCCACCUUCCGUGUCUCACCAAUAUUCUAAUAAGACCAUACAGAUCGAGAACUCCCUAUUUGUGGGGAGCAGCCCAGACUUUAAUUGUUCAGAUGUUCUUACUGCCAAUAAUAUUAAUAUUCAGUACACACCGGGACAGAGGAGCCCAAGGCCACUUCAAGGUGGCAGAAGUGCAGUUGGUUGGCCGACUUUUGCCUCACAGCAAAAUGGGGCGCCUGCUAUGCCUCACGCUGGCUUGACAAGCUACACUGCUAUUAGUGGACUCGUGACAAUUAAAGACUCUACAUUUGCUGGUUUUAGAAGUGUCUGCUCUGGGCAGAUAAACAUCAUGUUCAUUACCAAUCCUAACAACGAGGACAUGCAGCAUCCAAUACAAGUAAUGGGGAUUCAAGUCGUCAACAGCACUGAAAACGCCGUCGCCUUCGUACACCGACCUGACCUCAGUCUGGUGAACCCCUCUAAGUGCGUUGAUAUGACUUGUGAUGCGAAAAGGAAAACCCUGCUAAAAGACCUGGACGGAUCCUUACUGGGCCAGAGUGGGACAGUCGUUCCCCAGUCUGACUACCAGUGGGGCGGCGACACCCGCUAUGGUCUUGGGGACUACAGAAUUCCAAUAGUCAUGCUGACCUACCUGAAUGGCAGUCGGAUUCCUAUUAAUGAAAUUGCACCAAAUAAAGGUGUAAUCAGAGACCCCAGCUGCACUUACAUGCCAAGCUGGCAAAGCUACAAGUGCUUCACUCUCGACUAUGAGAUAUUGGUGAUCGAAAGUCUUGACAGCGACACGGAGACCCGACGACUCUCUCCGCUGGCAGUGCUUGCAGACGGCUAUGUGGACCUGCUCAAUGGUCCCGAAGAUCACAGCUGGUGUACGGGCUACAGCUGCUACCGAAGGCUUUCAACGUUCCACACCAUUGUGGCCACCAACAAAUCCUUUUCGGUUUACUUCACAAGCACCUCUCCUCAGUCUCUUCGACUGAUGCUGCUAAAUGCUGACAACUCCAAGGCUGUGCGUGUGGCCAUAUUUUACUCAAAUCCUCAGCGCUUAGACGUUUACGCCAAUAAUCAACUGGUUGCUCCGACUAAUGCGGUAUGGAACAGCAAUCACACCGAUUACACUCUCAGCGCCCCGACUUAUACUGAUCAGUUUGUUCCUCAAAUGAAUUCCACGAUUUCUGGAUCGAAUUACUUUGACAGCGACUACAAAAUGCUAAAUAUUUUAGUCCGAGGCUCGACUCCCAUUAUGGUCCGCACAUCACCACUUCUCUUUAUUUCAUUCAAUAUGCCCUUCAUGACUGUUGAUCAGUUUUUUGGUCCACACAUUAUCCAAAACUUAGCUGCUUUCCUGAAGAUCCCUGCAAGCAAGAUACGCAUCACCAAAAUAGUUCGAGCGAGUAGCCGGCGAAAGCGUGAUACUGGGAUGACUGUGAACCUGGUGAUAGCAGAGCCGCCGAGUCAACAGGCCACUCAGACGCCAACUGCAGGGCAGCUACAAGUUCAGGAUCUGGUAAAGAUUGCGGAUACCGUUGGACAGCUACUCAUUGCUGGAAACCUCAGUGCAGCCGUUGGGUAUAAUGUCACAUCUGCUAGCAUCACGAGGCCACCACCGACUCCAGGUACUCCUGCAUGGGCUGAGAUGGCAUCUGCACCAGUGACAAUGAGAGGCAAUUCGACUUCAAGUUUUUUGUCGACUGUGACCAGUCUGGUGAUUGUCCUGCAGCCAACCGUGGGACAGCAAGGAGGUUUACUACUUCAGCAGCCGUCCAUUAUGGCCGUGGACCAGAAUGGUGCCUGUGUGUCUGUCGGAGUGACGUCCUUUGUCCUGACAGCAACUUUGAAAGACCUAAGUGGCCAGUACAUUACUGGUCUUGAAGGGAACACCACAAUCCCGUUUUCUGAUUGCUGGGCAAAUUACACGGACCUUUACCUCACAGUCAAAGGCAGGUGUCUCUUGUAAUACCACAGCCACUAAGCUGUCAUGUUGAUGGGUACACACUUUACAGAGAAGAUGCCAUAGGAAAAGAACUAGGAACAUCCUUUAAGAUCGCAUGAAGCGAGGUCAGCAUCACACAACUCGACUUUUAGUCACAGAGCAUGUCACUUAAUGAGUACCGUGAGGAUGUCACAUUUCACAAAUAGUAGUUGCAGGGGAUAACGGAUUACACGGCGUAACCUGUGACUCGUUAUCCCCAGUAGAUCAAAGGGUAGGGCUUUGAUCUUACCAGACAUUACCUCAGUGGUCCUCCAGGGUUUCCUCCUCCUUCUCCACCAUAAGGAAACAUGAGAAAAAAAAAAAAGUUAGCUGCAGUGUGACACUUAACACCUUUCCCAUAUUUGUCCAGUGCAAAUCAAUCGAAAGCUCCUCAUAGCCACAAACAUACAUAUUAGUAAUAAUAAUGAGGCAAUAAUUAUUUUUAAUGCAAUAAUUCUUUUUCAGAUUUCAAAGAUUGGUGCAUCAAUUGUUAGUUUAUAUCUGGUUUUCAAAACGUAUUUUAAAAAUUCUUCUUGCAGGAAAGAGUGUGAUAAUGGUCUUCACGAUGAACAACAUCGAGUCGAUGUCCAGAUCCCUCUCAACUGAUGCUGCGACCCCUUUGGCGACCAGCAGCACCACAACGAGCACCACGACCAGCACAGCGCCGAGCGGCUCCAGCUCGCCAUUGAGCAGCUCCAGCUCGCCAUUGAGCGGCUCUAGCUCGCCGUUGAGACCCUGGCCCGCGUUCAUCGCUGCUCUUCUGGGUCUGCUCACCUUCCUGUUGUUCAAAGGAUAAAUGGCCCGGCAGACUUAAGAAAGGCGUAUCGUUAUCGUUUCAUCUGUGCAGGCGUUAUUGAAUGAUUUCUUAAAUAUAUCCGUUAUUUUACAGAGUUUUGCUUCCAGCCUAGUUAUGAUUUAGUUAUAAAUAUUAUAUUUGUGUGAAUGCUUACUGCACAUGGGUACACUAAUCAUUUGUGUAAUGUACUUGAUUCUUCUUCCUGAUCUGAAGAUGAUUUGUGCUUUGUGAAUCUGAAUGCACUUUAAUAAAUCUGUUUAUGCUGA